UGACACAACCAUAAAAUCAGUUGAAAAGGGCGGAGCGUUACCGAUUCCGGUUUUUUCCAACUCCGAACUCCUUUUAAGAUGACUCCGAUAACCGGCGCCUCAGUUUGAAUAACUCAGCAGUAAAAGCAGCAACGUCUGCAGCUGUAAACAAUCGCUCUUCAACUUCACCAGGUAAAAUGUCCCUCAACGGGACAUGGACUAUUCCUGAGGAAUUUCAAUCAUUAUAUUCAUGGUGGGGCAGCAUUCUCAUACUAGAAAUGAUGGUGUUGAUUUGGUUCACCGGACAGGCUCGAGUGAAAACCCAGACAAUACACAGCGAAGAGGAUCGAAGAUGGAUUGAAAAUUCAAAUGUCACUCUUCAUCCCAGUGGAGAUGGUCAUCCGAGUGUCGAUCGUCUUCGCAACGCCCACUUCAAUGAUUUGAAAAUCAUAUUGCCUUUUUUAUUGAUGACACCUAUUUGGUUGACGACGUCACCCCAUCCGGUCAUUGGUAAAUUGUUUAUACGUGUGUUUUCUAUGUGCAAAAUAUUCCAUACACUUUUCUCCAUAAAUUUAAUCGCAACACCGGCAUCUACAAUCUUAAUAACUAUUUGUUAUGGUAUUUUAUGUUACAUCGGUAUCAGUUUGUUUUUGUUCUACUCAUUUUUAUAAAACGAUUUAUUUAUAUCGAAUUCUAAAAUGAAUAAUCGGUGUCAAUAAAAUUCCAUUAUAAAAUGGGUUUAUCGAUCUCGAUGGAAAUUCUUGGAAAUUCUUCGUAAACAAUUUAUGUGAGAUACUUUAAGUUAGAAAUUAUUAUUGUUAAUAAAACUCACAAAGCCUUUCAAAAUUUACAAUUAAAAAUACAAUUAAA